CAUUAUCGUAGGCAGUAUGCGCGCUGCCACACUUUCUGACGCAUAAGUUGUGUGCUGCAUGAAGGAUGGUUUUCAGUGGAGGAACUGUCUCAACAUUCUUACCAAAAUCAACAUGUUAGACCAAUAUUUAAUGGGAUUCCUCUUCGCCAAGUCUAAGUUUAGGACACAGUUAUGCUUUCGUGUAAUUCUCAUGUCCCUAGUGUUGUGUUUUAUGGUUGAAUUUUGUUGGUCCAGUUGUUCUGUUGACGAUUGCUACCGUGGAGUGUGUAGCGUCGACAGUCACGACGGUGUGUGUGAAUGCGAUGACGGAUGGACGGGCGACCGAUGUGAUCAUUGCGGUGGGAGAACACGGUUGGAUUCAGAGAGUGGCAUAAUUCAUGACUCGAAGGAGCAAUAUGAUACAGACAGAACAUGUGUCUGGGUGGUUGACAGUGGCAGGCCAGAUACAAGAAUCAGCCUAUAUUUGGAGACAUUUGCCACUGAGUGCAGCUGGGAUUAUCUCUACAUUUUCGAUGGAGACUCUAUAUAUUCCCCAUUAGUCGCAGCUUUUAGUGGACCUCUCCGCUAUAAUGAUGUCAGUAUGGUACAUGAAGUCACUACAACAUCAGGCUAUGCUUUCUUAUACUUCUACAGUGAUGCAGCAUUUAAAUUGGAAGGAUUUAAUAUCACUUAUAGAGUGGAUGGCUGUCCAUUUGGUUGUUCUAAGCAUGGUGAGUGUGAUCCAGUGUAUAAAAACUGUUCCUGUGACCCCCUCUGGACUGGAGAUGCCUGUGACAUACCAGCCUGUCCAGCUAACUGCAGUGGUAAUGGUCAGUGUAGUAUCAGCCAGAAGAUGUGUUUGUGUGAACCUGGAUUCAAAGGAUCAGAUUGCAGUGUGUUAUCUGAUGAAGGAUACUGGCAAUUUGAAGACAACAAGGCUUAUGGAAGAGCAUCACCUGCUGUGGUUCAACAAGACAACUUAGUCUGGAUUGUUGGUGGCUAUGAGUUUGAUAAGAAGAAUAUCUCAAUAGUCAGUCUUAAUUUAGAUGACAGAUCAUCUCAAGAAAUCACUCAACAAGGAAACAUUCCAGAGACUAGAUAUGGCCACACUGCAGUCCUUUAUGAGGAUGCAAUUUACAUGUAUGGAGGCUCACUACAUGGGAGGAAAGUUGUGGAUGAAUUUCAUAUAUUUGAUGUAACCACAUCUACAUGGAUGCCCAAUGUAACAUAUGAUGGUGAACCACUUGCUGUUGAGGGGCACACAGCUGUUCUAUAUGAAGACACAAUGGUGGUGAUGUUUGGAUACAGUCCCAAGUAUGGCUACAUCAGUGCUGUUCAAGAGUACAACUUUAUUAACAAAACUUGGACAAUCGCAAAAACCACUGGUGCACGAGUUCUUGGGACAUAUGGCCACUCUAGUGCCGUUGAUCCAAUCAGGAAUAUCGUCUAUGUCCAUGCAGGAUUUGUGCCAACUUCCGCUCCAUCAGAUUUGACAGAUGACUUGUAUCAGUACGAUUUAAGUAAGAAAGAAUGGCGAGUCUUACCUUCCAGCAGUCAGCCAAGGUUUCUUCAUUCAGCAGUUAUUCUCAGUGAUAUCAUGUUUGUGUAUGGUGGAAAUACACAUACAGACUCUGUGCAGUUCACAGGAGCUAAGUGUUUAUCCAGUGACUUCCUUGCUUAUCACAUCAGCUGUCAGACUUGGAGCAGACUUCCUUCAGAUGUUUCUUACUCACCAGACAUUGCCAGAUAUGGGCAUGCAUCAUUUGUUUAUGACGAGAAGAUCUUCAUUUACAGUGGUUUCACUGGUGUGAUGAAAGAUGACAUCCUUGUGUAUAACCCAGGUAACUGCUCCGCACGUACCAAUGUUAGUCUCUGCCUAGAGAUCACACCAGGAUUAUCAUGCCAGUGGGAUGCAGCAGAAGAGCAAUGUAUGCUGUCUGAUCAAAUGAUGGAGUCUGCACUUUUAUUGGGCAAUUCCUCUAUGCAGCAAUGUCCAACAACUUCCCCAGCUGUAGAAUGUACAGAAAUUGAUAAUUGCUCCAACUGCCUACAGACUCCAAGAUGUAAUUGGUGUAACAGUAAAUGCCAACACUUAUCUGAAUGUGAUAAUGAAGUACAUGAUGAUGUCUUCUGCCCAGACACUGUCUGUGAAGUGGUUCAAAAUUGCAGAAUGUGCAAUGAGCAGGAAGGAUGCAGAUGGCGUAACAACAAGUGUGACAGAAAUCCUGAAGGUGAUUCAAGUGCAGGUGUAUGUGGUUUCUCAUGUGAUGAUCUUCAUACUUGUCAGUCUUGCUUGAGUAUGAAUUCUUGCAUGUGGUGUAGCAACCAGCAACGAUGUAUAGAUUCCAACUCGUACAUUACAUCUUUCCCUUAUGGACUGUGCUGGGAAUGGCAUACUGGUAUCCAGAACUGCCCAGUGACGAACUGUUCAUUGUAUCUGACAUGUGAACUGUGUCAUGAAGAUCUUCAUUGUGGAUGGUGUGACUCUGGUGAUAUGACUGGUAUUGGUACAUGUAAAGAAGGCAGUGCAACUGGACCUAUCAAGCUAGAUGAUGCUGGUAAUGCAGUUGUUGACAUGGGUCUGUGUCCAGCUGAGAGUUGGUUCUUCUUUGACUGUCCGUCAUGCCAGUGUAAUGGACACAGUCGGUGUGUGAAUGAUACAUCAGUAUGUGAAAACUGCCAGAACAAUACCACAGGUCCACAAUGCGAAACCUGUGCAGAAGGUUACUAUGGUAAUGCAUUAAAUGGCGGUAGCUGUACACCCUGUCAGUGUAACAAUCAUGGAACCAGGUGUGAUAGUUCCAGUGGAAGAUGUCAGUGUAAUACAAAAGGUGUUAUUGGACCUACAUGUGACAGCUGUGACAUUCAACAAAACUACUUUGGCAACCCUCUGAGAGGAACUUGUUUCUAUAACUUAACCGUGAAUUACCAGUACACUUUCAACCUGUCUUCCAAUGAUGAUUUAUACCUGACAAUGAUCAACCUAAUGACUUCUCCCGGAGUCAGCAAUCGUGACAUGGAGUUUGAACUUCGUGUUAGCAAAGCCAUUAAUAUGAACAUCACAUUUAGAUCCAAUAGCAUACCUGGCAUUGAACAUGAGAUUGUGUAUAAAGCAGACAUCAGCUACUACAGUGCCACCUUCUCAAGUUCAGAUUUCAAUUUUGAAGAAAAUGCUAACACGACCUUCUUCGUCUACAUCUCUAACUUCACUACGCCACUGUCAUUCAAGGUGACAUUCGAACAAGGGAAUGAUCUGAACCUGGUAUUUUAUGUUCUCUUGUAUUUCAUCAUCACCCUUGUUAUUCUUCUGAGUGUGGUGGGGUUAGUUUGGAGGUUUUACCAGCUCUACACGAACCGAGUGAUAGCACAGAAUCGUGCGGUCGAGUUGGCUGUAAUGGCAAGACGUCCUUUUGCAACUGUGAAUCUUGUGAUUGAAAAUACUGUGCCACCAGACAUUGUUGUUGGAACAAAGAAAAAACACCCUCUUGCUAUCUCCACAGCGAACUGCUCUGAUAACAAGGCACAAGUAGCCACUAUUUUUAUGCAAAUGCCCAUGCCAGAUGAUGGCAAGGUUCCUUUUGGUCAGUCAAGGUUUUGUUUGGCAUCAGCUCUUGUCCAAAUCAAAGCAAAGAAAGGAGAACGGCGUAAUAGCCAUCAGAAGGCAGAGAUACCAGAACCAAGAUCAGAAGGCAAUCUGAAUAAUGCAUGUAGCACUCUAAAUCCACUGCAUGAUAACCAUGAUUCUACAGAGACUGCUCAGAGAGAACUAGUUGACUGUCCAACAAGGCCAGCAUUGCAUGUAAUCCAAAACCAUUUCCCAGCAUCAUAUGAUAAUGCAGCUAUGGUAUAAACUGUGCUUGCCUUGUAAAAGACUGGUAGACUCUCAGUACAUCAAGUUGUCAAUUUUGUGCACAAACAAAUCAUUUUAUUUCUCUCUUGAAGGAUUAUAGUAAUGCUUACUGUAGCAAGAAAAUGCAAUUGCAUUAUGUUAAGCUUAAAAAUUGAUUUAGUUUCUGUUGUACGGGAGUCUACCUGACCUGUCUUAGCAACCGUGUGAAAUUUUCCUCUUAGUAACAAAAAAUUCUAUUUUCUAUAAAUGAUUUUUAAGAUUUUUAAAUUGUUAAAUGAGAGCUUUUGUAGUGAUAUGAAAUCAGUAAACCUUUCAAUCCAGACAUGGAUAAACAAACAUUGACACGGACCUUGUGAAGCGCAUGUUCAUGUACUCACUUCUCCACCAAUUUUUCAAGCAAUUUGGUUUUUGUAUAAUUCAUCUAAAUUGCAUUAAUAAUGUAACAGAUCAUAUGUACUUAAACCAGCAGCUCAUGAAUAUGGAACCUGACUUGUUUUAAAGCCUUCUUGCAGAUACAGUGAUACUAUUGAUUGCCUAAUUUGCCAAAUUUUGGAACUUUAUAAAAACAGAACCCACAAGUUUCGUAACAGUCAAAUAUUUGUAUUGCAUGUAGACAGAUUUGUAUCCAUCACAGAAGAGUUUAGAAAAAUUAUCUAAAGUGAUUUUUAAGACACACGUGAAAGUGAUUAAACAGCUCUUGAGCACUUGUGGUGUAUGUGAUCUUCAUGUAUCCUUAACUAAGGACAGAAUUUUCAGAAAGCACUUGUUAAAUUUUGAAAGUAGUGUCUGAAUUUUGGGUUGAAUUAGGUGAGAUGUACAUGGGUGGUAAUACAUGUAUCAUUGAUGUACAUGUACAGGUUUAAUACCACUCAAAAUCCAAAAUUCAAACCGUCAAAUCCAAAACCUCCAAAUUUUCCUAUUGAGUUAACUACAGCAAAUGGGAUGUUGUGUGCAGUGAAACAGGUAGUUGUCAGUUUGUUGUGUGUGCAUUUCUGGCUUGUUACUGAAUAGAAUUAUGUCCAUAGGAAGUCAUUGUUACACUGCUGCUUUGUCUAAGCUGGAUCUGAAACCACAAUUAUCUAUGUUGACAUGCACAUACAUGGUACAGGCAAAGCAUGUUCAUAAAUCAAUCUUUGGAGGGUUGGGCCUUUAACACAGAGAGGAUCAAUAUAGAUACGGGUUACGAAUCUAGUGAAUUAUUGCUAAAUGUCGUGAACUUUCCUGUGGGAAUAUUCGAGUAUGAAGUAGAUAGUAGCACCAUUAACUUAGAAAAGAAGUUUUGAUUCAGAGAUGCUUGAUAUGUUAAUUUAGAAUUGCAAAGAGUUCGGGUUCUUUAAACCUGUGCUUUGCUUGUCAUUUAAACAUCAGUACUACAUGUAUAGUAAAGUCCUUAUGAAAAGAGUAUUUUUGAAGCACGUGAUCUUUUGAAUGGGUGGCAGUGGAAUUUAUGGAAUUUUCAAGCUGAAAAUGCUGCCAAAUUCUUUAGUUUGUUAAUUAGAAAUUGAUAAAUUCUAGUAUGGUACAUGUAAUGCAAAGUGAAAGUAACACAUGGGCAUGCUUAGCAAAUAUACAUGUACAUGUAUGCUCUAGGUUUCAUUAGAAAUACAUGUAUUAGCAGCAACAGGUACACAGCAUCUAACAAUUGCGCACUUUCUUGAUUCUUACAUGCUUUGGAUUUUGAAUCAGAUUUUGUCCAGUGCAUUGGUUGUUUGUAGUGUACUUAUUUUGUCGUGUUGUAGCACUGAUUGUGUUGGAUAAAUAUCCAGUGGAACAAAUUCAAUCUGUACAUAUAAGUAAAUGGUUCAACUAUUCUACUGAAAACUGCAGAACUACAUGUUGAACUACAUGUACGUGUACUUAAGCAUUUAUUAAAAUGGUACCUGUAGGUGGAGUUUGGGCCAAGGUCAAAUUGUCAGCAAUCUUGAGAAAGUAUCGGAAUGUCUAUAAAUAUUGAAAGAAAUUUGUGUGAAUAUUAUUGAAGCUGGUUAAUUUUAUAAUUUGGGCAACAGAUGUACAUGUAUAUACAUGUAUAAAUGGAUGAGUAAAAACUGAAAGUAUGAGGUAAAAUUUCACUUGAGAGUGAAGAUUCUGUGAAAUUCCUCAUGUUUAGCCACACAAAUUUUCCUCAAAAACUGUUACACUGAAAAAGUGGUUGUUAAUAGUGUACACUUGAAACACAAACUACAAGCUGAGAGCAGAAAUCAAAUUACAUUUUCUCCUCCGACUUUUAUUCACCUGCAGAACCUCAAUACAAUGUAUACAGUAUGAAUCCCUGCGCAGUGGUCUUAACAAAAUACUCAGUGGAGAUAAAACUUAAUGCACAUCAUCUUCUAUUACUGUGCGUUACUUUUGGUUUAGCUUUUCCUCUCACAUGUAUAAAGUAAAUAUUGAAUUAGUGUAAAAUCUUGAUCUAAGGUGUGUUUAUCAUAAUGGAUUCAUUUGUAUAAGAGGCAAGAAUUAUUUUGUAUAAAUUGUGCAAUUUAUAUGAAAAGUAAAAUAAAAAUUAUUAGAAAGAAACUUCUGCGUAUCUUUGAUAUGCGGAGGACUGCUUCCAACAGAACAACA